CAACCGGGUGAGCUGACAGGCUGCCAGCCUGGGGCGGGGGUGAGGCGGAGGGGCUGCUUGGAAUGCGAGAGGCAGAAGCGGCCCAGGCGCCUCCCGGGACCAACAUUCCAACCACCGUGCGCUCGCUUUUGUUCCCGCCGGGUGCCGUCGCCGCUACUUCUGCUCUUCCUCACUUCUGUCCUGAUGGGGGCUGGUUCCCUGUGAUGUCCAAGCUAUCUAAUGAACACGUCCUGGAUAUCAAUGUUAAUUCGAGUAAGUCUUGGAAAAUGCCAUCAUUGCAGUAACAGCUACAAGUUCUCUUGCAGGAAGACCUUGUGCUGACAGCCAUUUGGUGAAGUGAAAAUUAAGCAAGUAGAUACCAUGCUAGAAACGAUAGAUACUCACCGGGCCCUUCAGGCAGUGGAACGCCUGCAAGCAAAGUUACGGGAACGAGGUGAUACAGCAAAUGAAGAGAAGUUGAGUUUACUGAAAUCAGUGCUGCAAAGUCCUUUGUUCAAUCAAAUCUUAAACCUCCAGGCUUCUCUUCCACAAUCAAGAGAUCAGGUAAAUGUUACACCUGUCCCCUCGUCUGGUGAGCUCCUACAGCUUUCGCAUCAUGGUACUGUUGUGGGUUCUUCACUCCAAAAUGAAUCGUAUCUGUCGGCUCAGCAGAAUGGCAACCUUUCUAGUGGCCUAGGAGCAGCUGCACGAUCCCCUCAAAUUAAUGGGAAGUCUGCCAGUGAUGACUUUGAGUUACUGAUCAGAAAUAUGGCCCAAGGACGCCUUAUCGAGACUGUAGAACUUGUGAAACCUCCAAGUGGUGGUCUAGGCUUUAGUGUAGUUGGCCUGAAGAGUGAAUAUAGAGGUGAACUGGGCAUAUUUGUGCAGGAGAUUCAAGAUGGAAGUGUAGCACAAAGAGAUGGAAGGCUGCAAGAAGCAGAUCAAAUUCUUGCUAUUAACAGGCAACCCCUCGAUCAGACAAUUACGCAUCAACAGGCUAUCAGCAUCCUACAAAAAGCAAAAGAUAGUGUCAAGCUGGUUGUGGCCAGGGGCUCUUUGCCUCAGUUUAUCAGCCCGGUAGUUUCUCGGUCUCCAUCAGCUGCUAGCACAAUCUCAGCCCACUCCAAUCCAGUUCACUGGCAGCAUGUGGAGACCAUUGAGUUGCUGAAUGAUGGAUCAGGUCUGGGAUUUGGGAUUGUGGGUGGAAAAUCAACUGGAGUGAUAGUGAAAACCAUCCUUCCAGGAGGAAUAGCUGAUCAGGUACACAAACAUGGUAGGCUGUGCAGUGGAGAUCACAUCUUGAAAAUUGGUGAUACAGACCUGACUGGAAUGAGCAGUGAGCAGGUGGCCCAAGUCCUGAGGCAGUGUGGAAACAGAGUGAAGUUGGUUAUAGCCAGAGGUCCAGUAGAGGAGCCCACACCACCAGCAGUUCCUCCAGGAACACCAGUACAAAAUCAUAUGAUGGAUAACCAGAGAGUUGAAGAGAUGCAUGUUGAAAAUGAUACAGAUGGAAAUACAUUUCAUGUGGAACUUACAAAAAACAUCCAAGGUUUAGGAAUAACUAUUGCUGGCUACAUUGGAGACAAAACCUCAGAACCUUCUGGUAUUUUUGUUAAGAGUAUCACAAAAGGCAGUGCAGUUGAACACGAUGGUAGAAUCCAUGUUGGAGACCAAAUUAUAGCAGUGGAUGGAACAAACCUUCAUGGUUUUACCAACCAGCAAGCAGUGGAGGUUCUGCGGCAUACUGGCCAAAUAGUUGGACUCACAUUGGUCAGAAGAGGCCAUAAGCAGGAAAAUCACAUUCAACCCCUUGAGGACUUCAGUGGUGCUGUAGAAAAGGAAUUAAUUUUCCAAACGAUGGAUGUUGGCACAAGCAAAGAAAGCUGUGAAAGAGAGCAGGAGUCUCCAUUAUUGUCAUGCAGUACCAGUGUGGUUCACACUGGAGAAGACAUUAGUCCAGAACAAUCAGGUUGUCAGCUAACUUACACAGAUGAAGAAAUAUCGUUGCAGAACAAAUGGCAGAUGAUUUUGGGAGCAAAUUAUGAGGUUGUGGUAGCUCACGUGAACAAGUUUAGUGAAAGCAGUGGAUUGGGGAUAAGCUUAGAAGCUACAGUGGGACAUCAUUUCAUCCGAUCUGUUUUGCCAGAAGGGCCUGUUGGACGAUGUGGCAAGCUAUUCAGUGGAGAUGAAUUACUAGAAGUAAAUGGAAUAUCUCUGCUUGGAGAAAGUCAUAAGGAUGUAAUAAAUAUUUUAAAAGAGUUGCCCAUCAAAGUAACAAUGGUGUGUUGCCGUGCAGCUUCACCUGCUAGUCAGUUGUUAAUGAAUAAAUCUCAGAUGAUGGAGCAGUCUCUUAUAGAUCUUGGCGGACUCCUUGGCUCUUCAGAGACGGAGGAAGCUAACUUGGAAAUGGAUAAUAUGGGCCAGAGUGCAGAUGAGGUUCAAGGAUCUUUGGCUAUGUGGGAAACAAACAUACAGCAAAUUGAGCUAGAGAAAGGGAGCAUGGGACUUGGCUUUAGCAUAUUAGAUUACCAGGACCCUGUGGAUCCUGCAAAUACAGUAAUUGUGAUCCGUUCCCUAGUUUCUGGGGGAGUGGCUGAACAAGAUGGCAGGCUUCUCCCUGGAGACAGACUUAUGUAUGUGAAUGACAUCAAUUUGGAAAAUGGUAGCCUGGAGGAAGCUGUACAAGCGCUGAAAGGAGCACCAGCGGGAACAGUUAGGAUAGGAGUUGCAAAGCCAUUGCCUCUUUCACCAGAAGAGGGCUAUGUUUCUACUAAGGAAGAUUCCUUUUUCUACACGGCCCAGUCCUUUGAGGAGGAAGGACCAGCUGAUUCAGCCCUCUUCCAUGCUGAGCUGGCUCUGGUGGACUCAAGUGAGGCAGAUCUAGUGGAGGAAUCCACCUUUGAAUCGCAGUAUUCCCCAGACACUGAUGGUACCUUCCAGUCUUCAGCUCUGCAUGGCAGCACCUGUGCCGAUGAUCUGAAGUAUAAUCUCUCACUGCCCUCUUCAACUCCCAAGACUGUUUGCAAAGAAAGUUCAAAUGCCUUAAUCAGUUACCAGUUACCAGAUCAAAACCUGUACACCGUGGAACUAAUGCAAAGAGGAAGAGAAAGCAAAUCUUUUGCUGAUGUAUGUGUGGAACAGCCUUCUGGGUUGACAAGAAAAGAUCCAAUAACACAUUCUCUCAAGAAACAUAUUGAACAUGAAAACACAAGCAUUUGGAGAGAGUCUCAGCUGGCAACCGAAGUCUCACACAAUGCAAACUUAACUUCUAGAUUGCUUCCUGAUGCUACUGGAAAAGAUCACUUAUUCUUGAUGGAAAACAAUAGCUUAACGCAUGCUGGGAGGUAUACUGUAACCCUAAGUACAAACAAAAACAAGUUUGAGAAGACUAUUACUAUUGCAAAAGGCAAUUCAAGUUUAGGGAUGACAGUAAGUUCCAGUAAAGAUGGCUCUGGAAUGAUAGUCCGCAGCAUUAUCCAUGGUGGUUCCAUAAGUCGUGAUGGACGAAUUGGUGUAGGGGAUUGUAUACUAUCUAUUAAUGAGGAACCUACCACUAAUUUAACCAAUGCACAGGCACGAGCCAUGCUGAGGAGACAUUCCCUCAUUGGAUCUGAUAUAAAAUCUUCUCCAACACCUGCUGAUGAUCAGGCUCCCUUUUAUGUCAUUACUUAUGUGCCAGCAGAGCAAUUUGAAGAGUACCAGGCCAGUUUAGGGCAGCAGACAGAAGGAACAAUGUCUCUAGAUGUUUUUGCUUCCCAUGUUGUCAGCAGGGAGAUUCCUGAGCUACCAGAACGUGAAGAAGGUGAAGGUGAAGAAAGUGAACUUCAGAAUGCAGGCUACAAUAAUUGGAACCAACCAAGGCGGGUCGAACUCUGGAGAGAACCCAACAAGUCACUGGGAAUCAGCAUUGUUGGUGGACGAGGAAUGGGAAGUCGUCUGAGCAGUGGUGAAGUCAUGAGAGGAAUCUUCAUCAAACACAUUCUCGAAGACAGCCCUGCUGGCAGAAAUGGUACCUUGAAAACAGGAGAUAGAAUAGUGGAGGUGGAUGGAAUUAACCUCAGAGAUGCGAGCCAUGAACAAGCUGUGGAAGCCAUACGGAGAGCAGGCAACCCAGUAGUCUUUAUGGUACAAAGCAUUAUAAACAGACCAAGGCCAGAAUCUCUCUAUAGUUCUAUAUCGUCCUCUGCUCCCAGUGGGCAGAAAUCUAAUAAUCCAUUUUACCAUCAGUCAUCACAGAACGUCCAUAUGCCUUACCUACAGUACAACCCUUUCAGUAAGCCUCCUGCCUUCAGCAGCACUAACCCUUUUGUUGAUCCUCUACAGUUCAACACUAACAAGGCAUCCAGUCAGUCAGAUUCGGAAUCAGAAAAAACAUCAUCUGCUAACUUGCCUCUGCCUCCUCCUUCAGUAUCUCCAGGAAUGAGCAGUGAAGUUGUGCAGCAAUCCUGUAACAAAGACCUGGAUGAUUUUGAUAAGGAAGAAGAGUUUGGAUACAGCUGGAAAAAAAUCAGCCAGCGGUAUGGAAAUCUGUCAGGAGAUCUGCACAUGAUAGAGUUGGAGAAAGGGAAGACUGGAUUAGGACUCAGCCUAGCUGGGAACAAAGAUCGGUCCAAGAUGAGCGUUUUUGUAGUGGGAAUUGAUCCAAAUGGAGCAGCUGGAAAAGAUGGCAGGCUGCAGAUUGCAGAUGAGUUACUGGAAAUAAAUGGACAAGUUCUCUAUGGAAAGACUCAUCAGAAUGCAUCUUCAAUAAUCAAAUGUGCACCUUCUAAAGUAAAAAUCAUAUUUAUCAGAAACAAAGAUGCUGUCCAACAGAUGGCUGUUUGUCCUGGGAAAUCAGUAGAGACUUCACCUUCCUCUUCUGGGCUACUUCAACAUGAAGAGGGUGAAGUGAAUUAUCCGAGCUCUAUUUUACCUAUGGAUUUGAGUUUAUAUAAGAAUAUUAAAAAUGUGGAAUUACCUAAGGAUCAAGGAGGCAUAGGCAUUGCCAUUGGUGAAGAAGACACAUUUAAUGGUGUGGUUAUUCAGAGUUUAACAGAGCAUGGUGCAGCAGGAAAGGAUGGCCGAAUUAAGGUUGGAGAUCAAAUUCUGGCAGUGGAUGAUGAAGUUGUUGUGGGACAAUCUAUAGAAAAGUUUAUCAGUUUGCUGAAGAUAUCAAAGCCCACUGUGAAACUCACAAUCAAUUCAGUUGAACAGGAGAGUCUGACAGCUGCUCAACCACAAACAACAAAUUACAGCACCACUUCGGGUGAGAGAUCUAAUAUCCAACAAUCAGCAGUUGUCUCACCUUCUGAAUCUCCAGAACCAGAGUCAGUUAAAAACACAAGCAGAUCAUCAACUCCAGCCAUGUUGAUCUCUGACCCAGCUACAUGCCCAAUCAUCCCAGGCUGUGAAACUACGAUUGAUAUCUCCAAGGGACGUACCGGUCUUGGCUUGAGCAUAGUAGGAGGAGCUGACACUUUGCUGGGAGCAAUUAUUAUUCAUGAGGUGUAUGAAGAAGGAGCAGCAUCCAAAGAUGGAAGGCUCUGGGCUGGUGAUCAGAUCUUGGAGGUGAAUGGAAUUGACCUAAGGAAUGCAACGCAUGAUGAAGCCAUAAAUGUUCUCAGACAGACACCUCAGAAAGUCCGCCUCACUGUUUAUAGGGAUGAAGCCCAGUAUAAGGAAGAAGACAUGUAUGAUGUACUCAGUAUAGAGCUACAAAAGAAGCCGGGCAAAGGCCUCGGAUUAAGUAUUGUUGGGAAAAGGAAUGACACUGGAGUGUUUGUGUCAGACAUUGUCAAAGGAGGUAUAGCAGAUCUAGAUGGAAGACUGAUGCAAGGAGACCAGAUAUUAAUGGUGAAUGGGGAAGAUGUUCGAAAUGCUAACCAGGAGGCAGUGGCUGCUUUGUUAAAGUGCUCAUUAGGUACAGUCAGACUAGAAGUUGGACGAAUAAAGGCAGGCCCAUUCCAUUCGGAGAGGAGAACGUCUCAGAGCAGCCAGGUCAGUGAGGGAAGUGGCAGCCUGUCAUCAUUCAGUUUUCCAGGUUCUGGAUCCAACCCAUCUGAAAGUUAUUUAAACACUCUGAAGAAGAAUUCCUUGGCAUCUGAAAUACAAGGAUUAAGAACAGUUGAAAUCAAAAAGGGCCCUUCAGAUUCCUUGGGAGUUAGCAUUGCCGGUGGAGUAGGAAGUCCUCUUGGAGAUGUUCCAAUUUUUAUAGCCAUGAUGCAUCCAAAUGGAGUUGCAGCUCAAACUCAGAAAUUGAGGGUAGGGGAUAGGAUUGUUAGCAUUUGUGGAACAUCUACUGAAGGCAUGACUCAUUCCCAGGCUGUCAGUUUGCUAAAAAAUGCUUCGGGCACUAUUGAAAUACAGGUCGUAGCUGGUGGAGAUGUCAGUGUCAUAACUAGCCAGCAGCAGGAUCCACCAUCUUCUAAUCUUUCAUUUGCUGGACUAACAUCAAGCAGCAUCUUUCAAGAUGAUUUAGGACCUCCACAGUAUAAAACCAUCACUCUGGAUCGAGGACCUGAUGGCUUGGGCUUCAGUAUUGUAGGCGGGUAUGGAAGUCCUCAUGGAGAUCUACCCAUUUAUGUUAAGACAGUAUUCGCAAAGGGAGCCGCAGCAGAAGAUGGACAUCUGAAGAGAGGGGAUCAGAUCAUUGCAGUCAACGGGCAGAGCUUAGAAGGAAUUACCCAUGAAGAAGCUGUAGCUAUUCUCAAAAGGACAAAAGGAACUGUGACACUAACUGUUCUCUCUUGAACCCUCUCCUCAAAAAUUUGGGUCUGCACAAUUAGUCUUUCCACAUUCCACACAGCAAGGAGAGUUCUCUUGCUGCUAUAGCUGCCAGAUUCUUUUAUAUCAUGAGUACAAAAAAGCAACAAAUGACCUUAUUUUUAUACACAGUAGAAAUAUUUUCUUCCUGUCAAAUUGCAGAGGUAGGUUUCUGUAGUGUAGGAGAGUGACAGAAGAACAUGAGAGCUGCACUAAUAGAAUCACAAUAGGAAGAAACAACACAAGAGAAACCAUAUAAAGGAAAUUUCAGUAAUCAGGAAGUAUGUGAUGUGCAACUGUUGAGGGAUUUCUGUUCUGAAAUUCUGAAAAUGUGUUAUCUUUGGUUUUGGCAGCACUGAAUUUCCAAAUUAUCAGUUAGCCAGUCAGGACCUCCAACAGCAGAGGAACCUCUCAAAGGUGAAAUUCAGUGAGUCUUAAAUUUACUGCUGUUGUUUUGCCGUGUUCCCAGUGGUGAAACUUGAAGAGACAAACUCUUCUCUCAUAAUAUUGCUGGGGAGCAACACUUUUUAAAAGGCAGAUGUUAGAAACAUGCAGGAUAUUCAUGAGAAUCAUAGGGCUGGAUGACCACUUCCUGAUCUUUAUUAAUUAGUAGCAAAAUGUUGAUCACUGAAUGGGAUAUGUGUGUUGGUAAUGCCUGCCUUUGCAAAGAGCCCAGGGACACACUGCAGUCCCUCUCCCUUCCCUGUGGGAUUCCUGGCAUUGAGAUUGCCAGGAUCAGAGGUGCAGACCAGGUUUUUCUCAUGGCAGCAAGUGUCUUACUUUCCCCCAUAGGAGUGAAUGAUAACUAUUCAGAGAAAGUAUAGGAAUGCACUGCCUCUGAGGAACUUUGGUGAGGGCAAGCUUUUGCCCUUUUCAGUGGUGCAUCUGUUUACUUUGUCCCACAUAAUUAAAUGAGAGCCAUUGAUUCUCAAAAGCUCUCAUCUUUAAUGCCACAUCCCAGGUUUUGUUUCAUGGUCCAAGAGUGUAAUAAGCCUCCUGUCUAUAUAAAAACUGUCUAUAUAAAGCACACGCCUAAUAGUAAUUGGUGAAAGUAGUAAUACUGAACUCUAGCUUAAAAAUAAAAAUAUAGCAUUCAAUAUAUUGUUGCAGAGGAAAAAAAAUUGAAACUGGACUGCAUUGAUUUUAGAAGACAAAUUUAAAGGCAAUUAUUUUAAAGAAAUUAAUUGUGUAAUUUUGGCGCCUGGCUUAUAAUAUUUGACCAGCCUAGGUAAUAAUAUUCCAAAUUGACAUUUGAGGCGACCACAAUGAACCAGAGGCUCAGCUGAGUUCCAGAACUCCAGACAGAAUCAAGGAACAGACACUUUGAUCUUGCAUGGAAUGUUACCCAUCUCAAGAACUAGACAUUUCACCCAACCAGUUAGCUGCCAUAUAUGUCUAUCAGAGUGGCUCCAUUCUUUACUCCAAAUACAUAAUGUCCUUGUACAGGUGCCUAGGAGCCUACAAUGCAAUUGCUGCAGAAAAUAUGGGGCUUCUCUCACUGCUUUGCUGCAUUUAAAUUCUCUGUAAGAGCAAUGAUGAAGCCUGCCCAUUGCUCUGCCCAUUAUGACUUAAUUUGGAUGUAAGAAGGAUAUUCCUGCAGCUGAGAUGAGAUUGUGGUCCUGGAGUUUUGGGGGUUUUUUUCUUGCCAUUGAGGCAUGUGGGUUUGCCUCACUUGCUUAGGCUUUAAGACAGGGGUUAGGAACCCGUGGCUUCCAGAUGUUGCUGGACUACAACUCCUGUCAUCCCUGAACAUUGGCUCUGCUGGCUGGGGCUGAUGGAUGUUGGAAUCCAACAACUUCUGGAGGGCUACAGGUUUCCCACCCAGUCUAAGGUGUAAUGUCUGAUAUUAAGUCAGACUGUUGGUCCAGCCAGUCUUAUACUGCCAACUCUUGAGUGUGGCUCUCCAAGGCUUCAGUCUAGGGUCCAUUUCAUUGGAGAUUCCAGGGUUUAAACCUUUGAACUUGCUUUGGACAGCGCAAUAUGCUGUGCCAUUGAGCCACUCCAACAGUGAAUCAUAGCUGAUUUGUAUAACCACCAGCAGCCAUCUUGUUCACAUCUGCUUUCUCUUUGUGAUACCUAGAAGUCUUAAUGAUAUGGGUUAAUACCAAGGCAGGUUGGUAUCUUAAGAGAAUGGGUUGUUUUAGAUUAUUAUUCUCUGGUUCCUGCCAGCCCUAUGAACUGAUGCUUGCAUUGUUGUAGUUUAUCUUACAAACCUGUAAAUUCUGCAAUAUUGGGAACAUUUGCAAAAUUCAAUAGUAGUGUUAGAAUGCAAGUCAAAGAGAAUGUAGUUGAUCACCAGCUAGGAGUAUAAAAACCCAAAGGGCACAUCUAGCCUGAGUUUUUAGAAAAUUAAGAUUGGCUAAAGCCUGUGUGUUCCUAUUGUUUUUAUGUGAUGUAAAUCUGAGUGUACUUCAAAUAGUUGGUACGCUCUGUACUUAGAAGCAAGUGCUGUUUUUAAUUACUGCUCUGUUUCACAGAUUAUUUAUGUGGAAAUUAGUAUACCGUAAAGAGGCAUGAACUUUCCUGUGGUUGGGCUGAACAAAUGUCCUGGAAUGUCCCUCAUCCCAACCACUGUCCAAGAUUAGCGCAUCCUCCCCCAACUUUCAGCUGUGGAACUGUUCAAGUUUAGUAUUCUAGCACUGUGCAUGUUCAGUUUGAAUUAAACCUACCCGAAUAGCCCACAGGUCUGGAAAGUGAAAGUGCAAGAAAUACCCCAAAAGUAGUUCCAAGAUGCUGCAGGUAAACAAGGAACAUUCAUAGAUUACAGCCUAGAACAGGGUCUGCUGAUUCACACAUACCCAGAGAAUGGUGAGGGAGAAUCAGAAAGGUAAUAAAUCAUGACUCAGGUAAUAAGUGUCUGCCAGCACAAUCCUAAACCAAGUCUUAAGUUUAAUGGACUUGGGCUGCAAUUCUAUACACAUACAUAUAUCUGAGAGCAAGUAACGUUAAACUCAAUGGGGCUUCUGAAUAGAUGUGUAGGAUUGCACUGUUACUCAUGUCUUUACGCUUGUAGCCUGCAAAUCAUUUGCUACCCACUUCACUGACGUCACUCACCCUCCAAGGCCUCUCUUAUAGCACCCUGGGUUCCUUUACCCACUACCUUUGUUCAUGCUACAUGCUGACCCACUUCAGGGGAGGUUCUCAUUCUGUGAAACAUUUUUCCACCUAUGAUAUGUGCUACCCUUCAAAGAUUUGAGAUGGGUGGGAUAUUUGCCAUUAUUUUUCAUGGGGGAGAGACUGCAGAGGGAAAGCACCCAACAUGAAUUCAAGUCACCCACAGUCUUCCUGCCCCCUCCCCACAAAACAUCUCACAUCUAGGCAGUGGUAGGAGUGCUCCAUUUCAAGCCUUUUCACAAGUCCUUAAUGGCUACAGUGUUGUAUUCUGUCUGAAAAGUAGCAUUUUUUAUUCCUAAUAAUAAUCAUGAUGUAGCUAAUUAGAUUUGUCUCUGUGGUUUUUCUUGAAAGGAAAGGAAGCUACUUCAGAGUGUGAAAUGCAUAUUCAGGAAGUACUGUCUUCAUUCUGAAUUAGCUUUGUUAGUCCCCACCAAUUAGCUGUGUGUAGGCAUUACUGUUACUAUGGAGGGCUAGUUUUAAAGUAAAAUAUUACACCAGAGCUGCAGUCAGUUGGGACUAUGAAUAGCACUGAAUCAGGAUGACAAAAUUAAGCUUUUAGAAGUCUUUCAAGAAACAUUUUGCUUACUCAAAAAACAAAACAAACAAAACCCUUUUCACACUGGAAAUGUUCACUGGAGAACAUUUGGUUCUGCACUAGACUUUAAUAUAACACUCCAACAUUUACAGCCAAAUUAGGAAAACAAAUGUGUGUAACUUCCAUAGAAAAUUUAAAAUGGCAAAAAUUUGGUUUUUCUUCCUGCAGCAAUAUGUUGUCUUUGUUCUUACGAUAACUUCAAAUCAUUUGAUGUAAAAAAAAACCCCAAACAAAGAGCAAAUAUUAUAGAAACAGAAUAUAUUUUAUCUGUCUUAAAAGCACAGGUGUUUUCUGUUUCCUACUAUUUCAGGAAAAUGCAGAAGGUUACUGACUAUAUUUAACUGUUGCUACUUUAUUACAGAGGCAAUUUAAAAAACAAAUCUCAAUUAGAAAACUAUGAGAUAUACAUUCACUUUUUCUCAGAAAAAUAAGGUUGGAGAGUUUUCUUCAGCUAUUAGCUGGUAGCUCAGUGCCACAUAAUUAAAAAUAAGUUAUUGGUAUCGUUAAUUACUUUCAGAUGUUACAUGGGCUUAGAGAGAAAGAGAGUCUCUAUAACAUAUAACUGGAAACAAUCAGUGUUGAAUUAUUGUCUUGUAUGCACUAGCAGUUUAGAAUGUGUUAUUCCAAUCUUACAGUAUGUGCAACCACUUGAAAUAUUCUCUAUAUUUGUAACAGAUGUAGUGUACAGAUAUUUUAUUAUUGCCUUUGUGUUUAAAUGCAGAAUUAGUUUAAUAAAUGUGAAGCUAUC